AUGUUUGGACUAGGAAAAGAAAGUAUCGAUUUUUUGAUAGAAAUAUUAAACAACGACCUAGAAGUUCUAAUGCAAGAUUUGAUUGACAUAAAUUUACCAACUGUUUGGGAUCUUGAUGAAUUUACUUUAAGUAUACUCUGCGGAUUUUCACCGGCACAAGUUGGAAUUUUAAUGGUUAUAACUCAUCAAAAUUGGAUAUUAUUAACAUUUCAAAUGUUAAUAAAUUUAUCUCACUCGUUUGAUGAUAAACAAGCUAUCUAUGGUAAAGUUCAAAAUCAGUACGAAAAAACAUUCAUAAGACCAAGACCUUUUGUAAAGACAAAACAAACAUGGACUCAAACAAGUUCAAUUACCGAGUUAUUUCAAUUAAGGCAAUUAAAAGAUCAAUAA